UCAUUAAUCCAAGGUAAGGAACAAAAAGUAACUUACCCUAGAUAUCAAGUUCUCUUAUCUUCUACAGUAUCCAUCUCUCCCAAUCUUUCAAAUUCCUUUCUCAAAAUCUUUAGAGAACGAAAAAAACAAGCAAGAAAGAAAAUGGCAUUAAGUAAUAAUGUCAUAGGGUGCAUCAACUUUGUAGCCAUGCUAUUGUCAAUUCCAGUGAUUGGUGCUGGAAUUUGGCUAGCAAUGGAGACUGACAACUCUUGUGUCAAGAUUCUACAAUGGCCAGUUAUUAUCUUAGGAGUUGUCAUUUUAGUUGUCGCUCUUGCUGGUUUUAUUGGAGGGUUUUGGAGGAUUCCAGCACUGCUCAUUUUCUACCUCAUUGCUAUGCUCAUUCUCAUAGUUUUGCUUGCAUGUUUGGUAGUUUUUAUUUACAUGGUCACUAUUAGAGGUUCAGGCCAUAUGGAACCAAGUAGGGCUUAUUUGGAAUACCAUCUUGAUGACUAUUCGGGCUGGAUUAGAAGGAGAGUUCAAACUUCUUACAAAUGGGAUAGAAUAAGAAGUUGCCUUAGCUCCACAACAAUGUGUGCUCAGUUGAAUCAAAGUUAUCGCAUGGCUCAAGAUUUCUUUAAUGCUCCUCUUAGCCCUUUGCAGUCAGGGUGCUGUAAGCCACCAACACAAUGUGGGUACACAUUUGUGAACCCAACAUAUUGGAUUAGCCCUAUAAACAAUGUUGCAGAUAUGGAUUGCUUGCAAUGGAACAAUGAUCAAACACAACUUUGCUACUCUUGUGAUUCUUGCAAAGCUGGAUUGUUAGCUAAUUUGAAGAAAGAAUGGAGGAGGGCAGAUAUAAUUCUGCUGAUAACUCUUGUUGGAUUGAUUUGGGUUUAUUUAAUUGGGUGCUGUGCUUUUAGAAAUGCCAAAACUGAAGAAAUAUUCCGCAAGUACAAGCAAGGUUAUGCCGAUACUUAAGCUGAAUUAAUUAAAAGAGACCGAUUUAGGGUUUUGAGUAGGUGAAUUCAGAAUUAGCCUCAUCAUAUGUAAUGUAUACUAUCUAAGGAUUUUUUGCAUUAGUAUUUAAAAUGCAAGCGGGUUAUUUAAGUUUGAUGUAUUAGAAUAAUAGCUAGUGAAAUAUGUGAAACUUCUAUUGUGUGAUUUUAGUUCUGUAUUGAGUUUGUAAAACAUGAAAAGAUUGGAUAUUGGGACUAACUAAUUAAGAUUUUUCAUGUUGUGAAAA